CAGCUAGUUUUAUUCCAGGGAACAGGAAGUGAUAGUUAGUGAGCUGUGCGAUUCACUUUCACACAGAAGGAACAUCAGAUCAUCAGAUAAACGCAAUAUAACUUAAAUCAGGAUGCCUGAGGAGGAAGAUGCUUACAAAAAGACCGGUGAGGCCAAAAAAUAUGACCCCACCUUCAAAGGGCCUAUCCAUAACAGAGGAUGUACAGACAUCAUUUGCUGCAUCUUGUUCCUGGUGGCCAUAGGGGGUUACCUUGCAGUGGGAAUUGUGGCCUGGUCUCACGGUGAUCCACGGAAAGUGAUCUACCCUACGGACAGCGCGGGACAGUUCUGUGGACAGGGAAACCUGGAGAAGAAGCCGCUGUUGUUUUACUUCAACAUGAUGAAGUGUGCCAGCCCCAUGGUCCUGCUGGAGUUUCAGUGUCCCACCCCUCAGCUGUGUGUAGAGAAAUGUCCUGAUCGUACUACGACUCUGGUUAAGGCCUACCCAAAUCCACUGGAAUGGUCAUAUUACAAAAGUUUUUGCAGAGAAGAUCCUGGAAAGAAAACUGUGCCAGAAAUUUUGCAACAAAAACUGUGCCCGGCAAUUCUAGUUUCCAGCAAACCAUUUUUGCAGCGCUGUUUUCCAUCUAUGGGCAAAAAGGGCGGAACUAUCACAGUGGGCGAUAGCGAGACGUUUACAGAUGCAGAUGGAAAUAAGAGAAAUGCCAAAGACCUGGUGGACGGGAUGACGAAUGCCACAGUAGUCAUAGAGGGUCGACAGGUUGCAAUGAAGAUCUUUGAAGAUUACACAAAGUCUUGGUACUGGAUCUUACUUUGUUUGGUGAUGGCUCUGGUGGUGAGUCUGAUCUUCAUCGUUCUUCUGCGUUUUCUGGCUGGAUGCAUGGUUUGGGUCAUGAUCCUCAUGGUCGUCAUUGUCAUCGGAUGUGGUAUCGGUUUCAGCACUUAUAAAUAUGUCAAUCUGAAGGAAACACCUGGUGCUAAUGUUACUCUACAGCAGCUGGGCUUUCAACCCGACUUCAGCGUUUACCUGCACAUCAGACAGACCUGGCUGGCCUUCAUAAUUAUUCUGGCUAUCCUGGAGGUCAUCAUCAUCGUGGUCCUCAUCUUCCUUAGGAAUAGAAUCCGAAUUGCAGUUGAGCUUAUGAAAGAGGCCAGCAGAGCCAUCGGUUAUGUGAUGUCAUCACUGUUCUACCCUAUUUUUACCUUCUUCCUCCUGACUAUAGUCAUCGCCUACUGGGCCGUCACUGCGGUCUUUCUCUCUACAUCCAGUCAAGCGGUUUAUAAAGUUUUCAAUGAAACAGAAUGUUCUCAUUCUAGAGAAACCUGCAACCCUGAGAACUUCACCAUGUCUGACAUAAAGAAAGACUGUCCACGCUCCGACUGUCUGUUUGCUUUUUAUGGUGGGGAAACGGCGUACCACAAGUAUCUGAUCCUCUUUCAGUUCUACAACGUCUUCCUGUUCUUCUGGUGUGCCAACUUCGUCACUGCCCUGGGUCAGAUGACUCUUGCAGGGGCUUUUGCAUCCUACUACUGGGCUUUAAAUAAAUCCAAAGACAUGCCCACCUUCCCUCUCUGUGCCGCUUUGGGCAGAUCCCUCAGGUAUCACACAGGAUCCAUGGCGUUCGGCUCUCUCAUCCUCGCCAUUAUCCAGGUUAUCAGGGUUUUGUUGGAGUAUCUUGACCACAAACUCAAGGGAGCAGAAAAUAAAUUUGCCAAAUUCUUGUUGUGUUGUCUAAAAUGUUGCUUCUGGUGCCUGGAGAAGUUUGUCAAGUUCUUGAACAGGAAUGCCUACAUUAUGGUGGCCAUACAUGGGAAAAACUUCUGCAGGUCGGCACGGGACGCCUUCUUCCUCUUGAUGAGAAAUGUCAUCAGGGUGGUAGUCGUGGAUAAGGUGACAGAUUUCAUCUUAUUCCUUGGCAAACUCCUCAUUGUGGGUCUUGUGGGAAUCUUCGCGUUUUUCUUUUUCUCCGGACAAACGGAUGCAUUUAAGGGCGCCGCACCCAGUCUCCAUUACUACUGGGUUCCCAUUUUGACGGUGUUGGUGGGCUCCUAUCUCAUUGCUCACGGGUUCUUCAGCGUUUAUGCUAUGUGUGUGGACACACUCUUCCUCUGCUUCUUGGAGGACCUGGAGAGGAAUGACGGCAGCGCAGAACGGCCUUAUUUUAUGUCUGAGAAACUUCUCCUGGUCUUGAAGAAGAAGAACCAAGCCAAAUAGUCUGUCAAGCUUCUCGACUGUGUCGUAUAUGCAUGUUUCUCAUACCUCAGUGCCUUUCAGAAGUGCCUUAAACAUGAGUCACAUCUGUGGCCUGUGUUUUAGAUGAUCUUAUCAACUGAUGAGAUUACACAACAAUGGACCUCUGUAUCUAAGCCAAAAAUCUACUUUAAAAAUAUAGACAUGCCAAAUUACAUUAGAAUGAGGUUAAUCUCACCUUUGCUGUUUUGAGCUUUUAGUUGUGUUUUUUUGUAACACCUGCCGAACAUCUCAAUGCCCAACGUUUCGUUUUCGUUUUGACACUUUUUGAGAUGUAUUUCUUUCUGUAAAUUAUGUUGCAUUUGUUGCAGGUUUUAUAUAAAGGUGCAGUGAAUCUUUUUUAUCUGUGCUAUUUUUUUUAGCAUUUUCAUAUUGUGCCUUGUCAGUCAUAUCAGGUGAUUAUUCAUACAUAUGACUUGGAUAAUAAAAGUAUAAUAAUGGUUACAUAUUUCAUAUGCAUGUUCACCGGUGAACCGGCAGCUCUGUAUACAUUAUGAUACAAUAAGAACUGACCUGAUGUAUGUGUAUAGACAAUAAACUUAAUGGUUUCUUGUCUUGAACAUUGUUUGAACAUACAAGAGUUAGGAGUUUUGUUACUGUUACUGCUUUUGCAUGUAGAUGCACUUCUUUAUGUGGUAAAUAAACAAUUUUGUAUAAUAA